UUUGUUCUCAUUGAUUGUCAAUCUGCUUGCAAAAAACCUCAAAAAUACCCAAUCUCCAUUAAUAGUAAUAUAGGGUUUCAAAAAAUUACAAGAUGACUUCGCCAACAGGAUCAACAAAGGGUGGCAGAGGCAAGCCCAAGUCCUCCAAAGCCGUUUCCCGGUCUCAGAAAGCCGGCCUCCAGUUUCCCGUCGGCCGUAUAGCCCGCUUCCUCAAAGCCGGCAAAUACGCCGAUCGUGUCGGUGCCGGUGCUCCCGUCUAUCUCUCCGCCGUCCUUGAAUACCUCGCCGCCGAGGUUCUUGAACUCGCUGGAAAUGCGGCUAGGGAUAACAAGAAGAAUCGGAUCGUUCCGAGGCAUAUACAAUUGGCUGUUAGGAACGAUGAGGAGUUGAGUAAACUUUUGGGGACUGUUACGAUUGCUAACGGUGGUGUUUUGCCCAAUAUUCAUCAGAAUCUGUUGCCGAAGAAGACGGGCAAAGGGAAGGGGGAUAUUGCAUCGGCUUCACAAGAAUUUUAAACCGAACAUUUCUUUUCCUUAUUUUGGAGUGUGAAUGUUUCUCCUCCUUUUCUGGAAUAUUAUCCGUAUAGUAUUAUAAUAUCAUAGUUUUCAGCUAGUCCUGUAUAGCCCAUCUCUUGGGCUGGUUUUGAUUUUGGUUGAGUAGGUUGUGCAAAAUUGAAGUUCUUAUAUAUGAAAGUACUUUGCAUUUGCU